GUGUUUUUAUCUAUCCGUUGCUGUGCAGCCAUGGCCGAAGCUCCAAUAGCUGUACUGUGUACAUCAUUUAUCCCCUGUAUCUCCCAACACCCUUCUUCGUUUUUUAAGAAUUUGGCUCCUCUUCUUCCUACAAUACCAAUUAGGAGCAACAAUAUACAUAUUCGUUGUUCCAUUUCAACGACGUCGAACGACCCCCUGAGGGCCACCAACGCCACGAACCUGAGAAUCCCUUGGGGCAGUGACAUUGAUUCAUUAGAGGAUUCUUUGUCUCUCCAGAAAUGGUUAUCCGAAUCGGGACUUCCUAUACAGAAGAUGGCGAUUCAAAAGGUAGACGUCGGCGAGAGAGGCCUUGUCGCUCUCAAGAAUAUACGCAAGGGAGAGAAAUUGCUCUUCGUUCCUCCAUCUCUCGUUAUCACAGCUGAUUCUGAGUGGAGUUGCCCAGAAGCUGGUGAGGUGUUGAAAAGAAAUUUUGUACCAGACUGGCCCUUGCUUGCAACUUACCUGAUUAGUGAAGCAAGUCUAAUGAAGUCUUCAAGAUGGAGUAAUUACAUCUCAGCCCUGCCUCGACAACCAUACUCACUUUUAUACUGGACACGCUCUGAACUUGAUACCUAUUUGGUAGCCUCACAAAUCAGGAAGCGGGCGAUUGAAAGGAUUACCGAUGUAACUGGAACAUAUAAUGAUCUAUGGCUCAGGAUAUUUUCCAAGUAUCCUCAAUUAUUUCCCGAGGAGGUAUUUAAUAUGGAGACAUUCAAAUGGUCAUUUGGCAUUCUCUUCUCACGCUUGGUUAGGUUGCCAUCAAUGGAUGGAAGGGUUGCCUUAGUUCCAUGGGCUGACAUGCUUAAUCAUAGCUGUGAGGUGGAGACAUUUUUGGAUUAUGAUAAAUCUUCUCAGGGAAUUGUUUUCACAACUGAUCGAUCAUAUCAGCCAGGUGAGCAGGUUUUCAUAUCAUAUGGCAAGAAAUCCAAUGGAGAAUUGUUGCUUUCAUAUGGAUUUGUUCCAAGAGAGGGCACCAAUCCAAGCGAUUCUGUUGAGUUGCAAUUGUCUCUUGAGAAAUCUGAUAAAUGUUAUGAGGAAAAGUUGAAGGCCUUAAGGAAGCAUAAUUUGUUAGUGUCGGAAUGCUUUCCCUUACAAACUACUGGUUGGCCUUUGGAGCUAAUGGCAUAUGCAUAUUUGGUGGCCAGUCCCCCAAACAUGAGUGGGCAGUUUGAAGAGAUGGCAUCAGCUGCCUCAAAUAAGACAACUUCUAAGAAGGACAUCAGAUAUCCAGAAAUAGAGGAGCAAGCCCUACAAUACAUCUUAGAUAGUUGUGAAUUAAGCAUAUCAAAGUACACCAAAUUCCUGCAGGGAAGCAGCUCCAUUGAUUUAGAUGUCACAUCUCCAAAGCAAUUGAACCGAAAGUUGUUUUUGAAACAGCUGGCAGUAGACCUGUGCACCAGUGAGCAGCGGAUUCUUUUCCGUACCCAAUAUAUACUGAGGAGAAGAUUGAGGGACAUGAGGAGUGGUGAACUGAGAGCUCUCAGAAUACUAGAUGGUUUCAGGAAGCUCUUCAAGUAAUCGAGAUGUGAGAGUUGUCUGUCUGAUAUCCUUUGGAAUUAAUACUUCCCUGUCUGACUUCUUCCUACUAGUAUUUUUGUUUCAACUACAAGUGUAACACUCUCCUUUGUGGUUCAGACUGUAAUAUAUAUGAAUCUUAGUCUGUAUAAGAAAAUGAUUUCGGAAUCUGGUGCCGUGAUAUAUGCUAUGCAACCUCUGGUGCACGCAUUAGUUGUGAAGAAAUGUGGUCUAUGUGCAUUUUAUAUUCGAGAAUGCCUUUUU